AGGCAUAAAUGAAAAAGUAGAAAAAUGAGUUCUUUGCAACAAGGUAGCAGAUUCUUGCCCUUUUCAAAUAAUAAUAUACAAAGGAAACAGUUAUCAAUGCAAGGUGGUCUUCCACAAAGUUUAAGUGGCAGUGAAACAGAUGUUUCAACAUCAAAUGAAAAUUUAACUAACGAAGAUCGAUAUGUAAUAAGGCAUACAGCUCGCCAAGAACCUCAAGGUCAAGAGAAUCAGCAGCAAAGUCCAUCCCGGUCUUCCAGUCAUAAAGAAAACAUACCAAAUAUACAAGGUAACCUGCUCAAUAGAAACAGUUUGAAGGACAGUUUGAAUGGAUCGAACAGAAACAGUUUGAAAGAGAAUUUAAAUGGUUCCAAUCGAAAUAGCCUUAAAGACAGCAUCAACGGUUCUAAUAGAAAUAGUUUGAAGGAUAACUUAAGUAAUCGUACCAGUGUAGGCUCAAAUAGGAGUAGUUUGGACGUUUCCACCAGUUCAUACAACACACUGAUCAUACAUAAUGCUAACGAUGACAAUUCAUGGGUACCAUCUGGGAGGUUAUCAGGUGUGGUGAGAGAACAUGGAGACAUGGGUUACUUAUACUGUGACGGUGGUGGAAAAGGACAUUCUAACAGUCCUACUAUGCAGUCCUUAUCAAAUUUAUCUCAUGAAGAUCAUAUUUAUGAGCAACCUACUAAUGGAGGCUGUCAAGAAAUUACGGACAUACCAGAUGAUUAUUUGAGUCAGUCACAGGUUUUAAAACAUCUCGCAAAAGAAGUAAAAGUACCAUCAUACAGUAAACUAGCAAACAAUGGUGGAAACAUGGACAUGAGAAUGAGAGAUGGUGAUAGAGGAAAACAAAAUGACAGUGAAUCUGAAGACAGACCACCACCUGCGUACAUGUCUGUUUUGUUACCAUUAAAGAACAAAUCCAGGCUAGUUGGGCCAAUGGAAAAAUUGACAUUAUCAAGAUCGCAACCCGAUUUGUCAAGAAUCGGGAAGCCAGAUAUUGAUAACUAUAAUUUGCGAGCUACUUCUCCGCGACCUCAAACAAAAGGGCGGGAGGAAACAGAAUCAGCGGCUGGCGAAAUUUGGCCUCCAUCAGAAAUGAUUCAGAUUGUAAUCCAAGAAAACAGUGCCUUAAAAUUAGAAUUAGAACGAUGUUACAACAAGGUCGCAAAAUCUCAAAAGUUGGAACAAGAAAUCGCGAAAGUACACAGAGCGCACGAGGAAUUAGCAGCAUCCUGCGAACGAAGAGAAAAGCUGGAACGAGCUGCUAGAUUGAGGCUACAAAAUGAUUGUAGACGAUUAACAGAUUUAAACCGCACAUUCAGAGAUCAGAUAGAUUUACUGUCCGCACGCACCGAUAGCCCGCCGAUCGUGGAAUCUAUGAGAAAAGAAUUAACACAACGUGAAUUAUUAAUUGCACAAUUGAUUACACAAAACAAAGAAUUAGCUGCAGCGAAAGAAAGGCAGGAAAUUGAAUUGGCAGCGCAACGAGCAACGUUACAGGAACAACGUACACACAUAGAUAUUUUAGAUACUGCGCUUACUAACGCACAAGGGAAUGUCGUGCGUCUUGAGGAAGAGUGUCGAAAGAAACAAGUGUACGUAGAGAGAGUGGGUCAACUUCAACGAGCUCUGUCUUCUCUUCAAGCGUCCAGCGACAGAAGAGAAGAAACAGAAAGACAGUUGAGAGGUCAAUUAGAACGAGAAUUAAGGGAAGGCGGCGGUGGCGGUGCUAGUAGCCAUGAACAAUCCUUCAAUGGGGAAACGAUUGCAGAGUUGAAACGACGAAUACGCGAGAGAGACGAAAAAAUUAUGUCACUGGAGGGUGACGUUGCGAAAUGGGAACAACGUUAUCUCGAGGAAAGUGCAUUAAGGCAAGCCGCAAUUGAUGCGGCUAGUCUUCCAAAGGAUGCUAAAAUAGCUGCGUUAGAAAAAACGAGUCAAGAUGCUGAGAAAUUAAUCGCGGAAGCACGGUCCGAAAAAAUGAGACAUAUGGACGAAGUACAUGCUGCACAAAAGAAAUUGGCUGAUCUUGAAUCUAGAAUGAAAGAUCUAGAAUCGAAAUUAGCUGAAAGAGAUGCAAUGAUAAGAGUCCUCCAAAAACACACGUAUGAUAAGGAUAGCAGCAGCAGUAGCGGCGUUGGUAGCUAUCCUGCUGCCCAUUCGUCUCAUUCGAGCACAUCAGCAGAUCAUCAUACAGCGCUAACCAGCACGCCGGAACUUGUGAGUAGCGUAUUGGGUGGAGGCAGUGGUUAUGGAAGUACUGGUUCUUAUGGUGUUACGGACAGCUAUAAGUACAGGAAACAAGGCAGUUUCGAGCAAACAAAUAAAAGUCUUGAUGAUCAGUUAAAAGAGCUUGACUCCCAGCUGCUUAGUAAGAGGGCACUUUGCUGUUUUCCAGGAUUCUCUAAUCCAGGCACUGCGUCGCGAAAAGGAAAAAUACCCAAGCCACUAUUGGCGGGUGUAGAUAGCACAGGUACCUCGAGUACAGCAUCAAGCAAGAGUCGUCUGUUGGACGACUCGGGGGGCGAGGUCUCGCCGAGCAUAAUGGAAUUCGCGAGUGCAGCCUCGAGGCUGAAGGGCACCGUUUCGAGAUUAUCGGACGGCAAGCCCGAGGACAUGAUGCUGUUGGAGAAACAAGGGAGAAGCUCGCAGCGGCAACGAAUGCAGGAGGGCGAGCAACGUCGUGCCGGUAGUCUUCCACCUAGCUCGUUACCGCGGCCACCGAAGAGCUUGAAGUCGGCGAAUUCCCGUUACUGUCGACUGAGUGACACAGAGACUCGCAAGAAGUCCGAUCCAGGGCCUGCUCUGGACGCUACGGCGAGCAUGAAGGUACGCGACGCGGCGAACAACUGCACCAUCGAGUACGGUAGAUUCGACACGAAGGCUCAGCGUAGAAAGAAAUCGUCCGGCACGGAGCCGUUGGUACCGAACAGUACGCUGAAAAAACCAUCCUCUUUGGCUGGUCACGAGUACGAGCGGCUGCAAGGCGAGAAUCUUCGCAAGAAACAGCCCUCGUCCAGCACGGAGGUGAAGCACAGGGAAAUGCAGAGCCGCUCGCUGAUACCGCCACCGUCUCGUCGUAUCGGGGAGUACGGUCGUCUCAGCGAAGGGACUUUGAGAAAGCAGACCGUUUCAAGAGGACAGAGUACCGGUAGCACAGUCAGCAGCAAAAGCGGAGGACGGGAUUCGGGGGGCACCGCUAGCAGCGAGGCAUCUACGUCCUCGCUGCCGCCGUCCAAGGCGAGAUCAAUACCGCGCCCCAGCAAUUACCGGAUUCAAUUUUAAUUCGCAAGAAUCAGGACGGGUCUUACCGUUGGCUCUUCGACGAGAUGACGAUCCUUUGAACCAAAACGGAAGACGAUGUUGGCUGAGAAUAAUUGGCUUUUCGUAUUUUAUCUUCCAGACGAGAAGGUGUACUAUUUUAAUGCGUU